AUGUCAAAUCACUAUGUAGAUUGGCGCUACCGUUAUGAGAAACUCUACCAAGAAUUCCUUCAACUGCAGAAAGAGCAUGCAAAGUUAAAGAAGCUUUAUGAACAAUCUGUUGAAGGGAGUGUCCAAGAUAUAAAUCUUAUUAAUAGACUAAGCGCUGAAAAUGAAGAGUUAAAGAUAAAACUUUCCCAAUAUCAGUCUCCAGCUCCAACUGUUGAAACUCUGGAACGAUCUCCCAAGAAAACUUUGCAAUGCUCAGUUAGCUCUGAUUCAUAUAUUCUUUUUACCCCAAGGCGUUCCCAUCUAAAUGCUCCUAGCAAUUUUGAUUUUGAUGCUAUCCAUCAGAAGCCCUGCCAAUCUACAGGAAAAACUCUUCAACCAUUUCCUGAUAAUAGCGUAUCUUCUUUUUUUAUGCGCAAUCCCAAAAUGUUUAUAUCUUUCCUGAUUUUGGGAGUGCCAAGAGAAAAAUUAGGAAGAGUUGAUCGAUAUAAACCUGAAAUUCUCUAUGAGUUUCCUAAAGAAAAUUAUAAUAUAUCUGAUGAAGUCAAACGUAUGAUACUAAACUGCUGCUUUUAUUCAGAAGAAGAACCACAGCCUGUUAAUCUUACAGGCUCUGGGUCUGAUAUGAACUCAUUAUUAUAUGGACAAGUUUUCCAGAAGCGAGGAAAGCACUGUUUUACUUUCACUUUAAGAUCAGACCAGCCAAGAGAACCCUUGACAGAUUUGCCAAAUUCUAAUAAAGAGCUUUAUUAUGUUUUUUGUAUGAAAAUCGAUGAUGUGACACCACAAGAGGAUGGGCAGGAUGAAUGAAAAAAUACCAAAAUAUAUUGUUUUAUUACCUAUAUCCCCUUAUUUGAGCUUCACUAUGAAGUUUUAUCUAAUAUGCUUCUACUAAAACGAUUAUUUAGAAUAGAGCAAUUAGUAAAUAAUGAAAAAACUUUGCAUUUAAUAGGAGAAGAAGUUAUUACUCCAGGGGAAAUCAAAGUAUUAGAAAAUUAUUCAGAAAUUGAGAAUAUUGGACCGAUGCUGAAUAUUGAAAUUGAUAUGGACAGGCUAGAUCCUCUACGAUAUAAAUGUCCAGACGAUCUCAGUGUUAUUGAUGUCCCUUGACUUUGUGCUCCUUUAUUUUCGAAGCUUAGCUUUAAUGAUUUCUUCUGGGUGCUGUCUGCGAUAGCUCAAGAAAAAUCAAUUAUUUUUGUUUCAGGAAAUUUAGGACUUUUAACAUCAUGCGUUUUAGCUUUGCAAGUAUUGCUAAGACCAUUCAGGUGACCCAAUUUAAUGAUCCCAAUUCUCCCUAAUUGUUUAAUCGACGUAUUAGACGCCCCAGUCCCACUUUUAGCUGGCCUCCCAAAACCCCCUAAAACCCGUGGAGAUUUAAUUUGGAUUUAUCUUGACGAAACAAACCUAUCUUCACGCAUAAAAGGAAGAACAUCCAUUAUCCAAGAAGUAAAAGUUCCUGAAGCUACCCAGCUGAAAUUAAGAAUAAAAAACACUUAUUUAUCUCUAAAUUCCAAAGAAAUUUGUUUUACGCCUACCCUUGAACAAAAACUUGCAUGCAUUGAAAUCGCUGAGUCUAUCAAAGAUUACUGGCUCCAAAUUAUAGACAUCACCAAGAUGUUCAAUCUUAAAGAUAUGAAAAAGCUCGUUUGGCAAAUCCACAAAAGAUUCCCUGAAGGCGACCAUGAUUUUCUUACAAAAAUGCUGCAGACUCAAUUGUUCAAUAAUUUAGACGAUGAGAUUUUGCAUGUUUCGACCUGUAAUGACUAG